AUGGUUGUAGUACACCCACCUUCAACUGUCAACGAGGGAUCACUUAGGACUGUUACCCCCGAUUUUGAUAUUGAUCAUUUAAUUAAAGAUUAUAAUGAUGUAAAAUCAACAGUUUGUCAAGCUUGUAUGGACGGUUGCCAGUCAAUGCUUAGAAAAGUCAGGAAAUGUGAUGACACUGAUAAAUGUGGUUUGAUUAGAAAUCAUAUCAUCGUUCCGGCAACUAAACAUUCGUGCUCCUCUUUAAGUGAGACUUGCAAUGACAACCUGGAUCUUACUCUAAAGACACUGUAUGAGGCUGGAGCACUAUCUGAAGAUGCUGAAUUGGUAAAGGAAGUGGAUAAAAAAAUUGAAGAGUUGACCAAACUGAAGCGCACAGUUCAAGGAGUUAUAGCCAGCUCACACAUUGUGCCUGUAAGCGGAUCUAAAACAGGAAUUGCCGCUUCUGCGCCUUCCAGCAAAGUUAAAACAUCAGCAAAACAAGACGCUGACUUUGAAAAGGAAGAAGCAACAGUCGCAAUGAUCGAGCACCUCAGCAACGCCGUUAAAACUCUCACUCUAUCUAACGAACCUAAGAUUGAUUUCCAAAUGGCUAGAGUUGCACAUCCUGAUAAGAACGAUGGAUCAGAUGUCGGCUUCGAAUCCAUUCUGGACGCAUACAGGACCCUGGAUUACUACUUCAAUGUAAUAUUAGCAGGUAAAAAUUCCCACGAGUGCUUCAGUCAAUUCAUUAACGGUUCAUCACCCCCUGAAGUUCCUGAUUCUGACGAAAGCACUGAUAAACGUCCAGACUACGCUUUAAUUUCAGACAGUAAAGGCGACAUUACUCAACAGGAGUCGGUUCAUGUUUUCGCAAAUAAACACAGACACAAUGAGAGUCAUUGUAAACACAAAAAAGGUGCACCAGACACUAGAAAUCAAUGCAAUCUCCACGACUCGGAUAUCCAAACUCCCAGGUUCUACUCGAACAUAUCCAGGGACGACUGCGAAGUCUAUGGAAACAUGGUCUGCAUCCAGUGCCGCUGCGGUCAAAUUGUAAUUGUACCACCAGAGGCUGAGGCACUCGGAAUCAGCACUUUCGAUUGUGACGUCUGUUCGUGUUCAUACGGUAUAACAGAAAAAAAAUUUCUGUUAACAGCUGAAAAAAUGACCUUGUACAAUAUAUGUUAUAGUACACACACACCUAGGUGCCAGAGGACAAUGAUAGUACAUAAGGUGAUCAACGAGUGCCCCUGCCUAGACGCGAGAAGAGUAAAAAUAGUCAAUUUAGUGCCGGAGGAAAGAGUAUGCCACUGUUUCUGUCCCACAGGAGAAUACGUAGUAUUCAGAAGACCAAACUUUGGAUCUUUAAAACUAAAAGCACUAGCGGCUACACUUAAACAUGCAUUAACAUAUCUUAAAAAUCGGUCUUAUAACAUGAAUAAUACACAAUUUCAAGAGUUAUAUCAACUGGAAACAAACCCAGCCGAAAUGGUGGUGAGGAGCGACAAGCACGCAUACCAGCCGGAGACAGUGUCAUUUGGACCAGUGUGGCCAGGAUCGAAGUUCGCAAACGCACUGGACGUAGUAAACUACUACAAGCCAAACGUGAAGAGUCAACUGUACCUGCCAGAAAACAGCUUCCUGACGAGCCAAGGAAGGCCGAAAGGGCACAUGGGAGGAGAGUCGACAUUCAGAGGAAGCACAGUGAACAAUAAUAAGCAGGGAAACACGCAGACGAAUAACUACUCACUAGAUCACACACCAGCAGAAGGAGACGGGGACGACUCAGAUAGAGAUACAGUGGUGCCAGAAGGAAGAGGAAAGGGGCUAUUCGAAGUGCCGUUCGACGUGUACUCAAUGCCGAGACUGAUAGCGCCAUUUAAGGGGUUCUCGAAAAUUGUUACGCCGAGAGCAGUGAGGCUGAUGACCUUCACAGAGAACGAAGAGGGGAAGCUGACGUGCAAGCUGGAUAAAAACUCGCUGAGAAUACUGCAGAAGCAGGUGGGAGACCUGAACGUGGUGACGGUGAGUUUCGUGGGAGACCCAAAGUCAGGAAAAAGCUUCCUGGCGAGUCUGCUGGUGGGAAAGGACAACGUGAGCUUCAACAUGUCGGAGUCGUACAUAGACCCGAACAACAUGAUGACGACGGGAUCAGUGUGGGCGUACGUGGCGCUGUACCAGGAAAAAAACGCGUACGUAUUCCUGGACUUCGAAGGACUGGAACACUCGGAAAAAAACAGAGAAAAGAUGCUGUUGUUCGCAUUCGCAGCGUCAAACCUGGUGUUCUGCAACGUCAAGUACUCGCUGAUAAGCAGAGGGACGCGACUGCUGACGCGCUCCUACGAAACGAAGAAUUUUAGCGACCUCGCGAGGAAAGCGGAGGACCUCGAGGGCGACGCGGAGAGGAGAGAGCUGUGGAAGGCGCCAAUAGUGCAAUUCGUGUUCAGAGACUGCUCAGGCUUCGUGAAGUGCAUCGACGAUCGCAUAUUCACGCCGGAGACGCUGGUGGAGCAGGGACUCUUCGUUAACUACCUGGACCUGUUUGACACGGGCGAGAAGGACCCGAACCACAAGAAUGAGAUGCUGGACGCAUUCGAAGUCUUCACAAACAGAAAGUACCUCUCGCUGCCGCACCCAAUACUGUCGACUCACCCCUACAGAGACAACGAGUACACGGAGAGCGAGGGGCUGAACCUGACGGAGUUCUUCGUGAAGCUGCUCUCGUCGGACAAGAGCGACUUCAGGAAGCUGGCGCACUUCGGUUACGACGACUUCACACUCAACGCGAACCUGAGCGCAAUCUUCUACGAAAAGCUGGACCAGCUGAAGUCGCUGGUGUACCACGACACGCUUAACUACGCGAUGGCGCACACGCAGCUCAACGGGCGAAUGCUGGGCGAGUACCUGAAGAGGCUGGCGCAGAUUUUCAACGCGAGGAACGCAUUCAAAGUGGACGACCUGAACGAAGUGCUGGCCUCAGUGUUCCUGGGAGAAAACAGCAACGUGAUGAAGGAGAGCCUGCUGCAGUUCCUGAGGCACGUGAGAGCGAAGGUGGCGCCGAAGCUGCCAGUGGACGCGAAGACGCUGCUGAACCUGGUAAUCUCAGCAAAGUUCGCGAGUCUGAACAACUUCGAGACGAACGCGUUCGGGACGCCCGAUGAGUACCGAGGGCAGCUGAAUGAGUUGUCGGAGACACUGGAGGACCUGAUAAGGAAGCUGGAGAACAAGAACAAGGCGCUGAUGACAGUGCAAAUAGCUAACUACGUGGAGAGAAGAGAAGCAGCAAUCGUGGCAACGAUAAUGAACAGCCACUACACAGUCAACGACCUGAACGACGACCUCUCGAAGCUGAAGAAGGCACUGAACGCGCGCUUCACGGACGCGGAGCUGGUGACGAAGGUGCUCGCAAGAACGUCACAGAACCUCGUUAGAAUAUUCAACGACACGCACCCGGAGACGUUCGUGCACAACCUGAGCUACUCGAAGUACUCGAGCAUCGAGGAGACCUUCCAAAGCCUGAACUCGGAAAUCAACUCGAUCAAGUCGAACCUGAAAGUGGCGCCGAAGCUGACCGGUAAGUUCCCAUCCUCAGUGGACGCGUACCAAAUGGUCUCAAGCGAGCAGUCAGAAAAGAAAGAAAAGGAACAAAGCGAUAAGUUUGAUACAGUAUUAGAAGAUAAUAAUUUAGCUAAAAACGAAGAGUUGGAGGACAGCGACAGUGAGUUUGCACAAAUUCAAAAGGUAGUAAGCGCGUCACCAGGUGAACAGCAAACGACCCCCCGAAGACUAGAAUUGAGCGCUCAGAGCUCAGAAACUGAGGAAGAUAGCGACUCGACCGAGAUGGACUCCGAUGAGGAGGAGGAGGAGGAAGAGAGCUCAGAGUACGAAUCGGAAGAAGAAACCGAGACCCAGGAAACAGGCAGGAAUGACCAGUAUGAGUCGGAGGACGAGGACGACGACGAUUCAGAAUUCGACGAGGGCACCAUAAAGCACGUGGACGACGCGGAGUCGUUCAACAAGGAGGAAAAUUUGGUUGAGGAGGAGAGCUGGCCGACAUCAGAAUCGCCCACAAGCCCGGAGGAGGAAGGCAACGCGGACACCUCAGAGGCAGUCUACGACGCAACGCCGGUGCACAGCUCUAAGAGAGACGAAGUGGUGGAGAUCCUGGAGGACGACUUCCUGCAGGAAGACAUCGAGGAAACCCAUAAGCCGGCAAGUCCGACCGGGGCCACCCUUAAGCCGCUAUCGCCGCAACAGUCACCGUCUAAUAAACCGCUAUCGCCGCAACAGUCACCGUCUAAUAAACCGCUAUCGCCGCAACAGUCACCGACAAAUAGGCAAGGGCAAGAGGGUGCGAGUGGCGUGAAGCAAGAAAAAAAGCCAACGGAAAAGCACACACUGCUGAAAAAAAUAUUUGAAAACAUAAUAGUACAUUCUAUGGGCACAGGGGCCAGAAUAUUAAAUAUUACGAAGUGGCAAAAUAAAGAUAGAGGCAGGCAUGUAUAG